UUGAAAUUGAAACGGCGCAGCUUACAAACGACUUCUCUGCAUUUUCUUCAAUUUUCUUUAAAAAUUUCAUUAAUUUGUGAAAUAAUUCUUUUAAAAUAAAAGUGUUGUAUUUGUACAGAAAAAUAGUUUUUCUUGUGAUUGUUUUUAAUUUAUCUGUCUUCCUGAAUUCAAUGUUGAAGGAAGAAUAGAAAUUCUCGAAAAAAGAAAAAAUGCCUGGAAAAUCUUGGCUGCUCCUGAUCCUUCUUUAUGUAUUUAUUAAACCUUCAGUAGCACAAUGGACAGCACCAUACUUUCAGGAUCCCGAAACUCCGGGAAUCAACGUUGAGUCCUUUAAUACUAACCCCCUUCAGAUGAACAUGGACGAGGAGAUUCCUGCGCCAUUUGAUUUUCUAAUUUUAACCUACACUGGUACUGUGACUCCAACAAUUUCCUUCUCCUUUGGCGAUGACCUCCGUUUUGGUCAUGAAUUCGUACGUCGCGACGGCGCCUGGGUACUUCGGGUUACACGUCGCCAGGACUACGAAACCCUAAAUCUGGAGCAGUACAUUUUUGAUGUAAUUGUCGGUGGAACGAGAGUAACAGUCAUCUGUAUUAUCAACAAUCUCAUUGAUACGCCACCCAUUGUAACACUCCUGUAUGAAGGAGCCUGCUCUGCAAGGGAGCUGGAAGCAAAUCAAGAUACUGAAUGUCACAUUCAGGCCUACGAUCCAGAUUCUCUGUACAACAACGAACUAUCCUACAGAGUUAUUGGCAAUAAUCGGGAAGAUCAGCUUUUUGAACUGAGAGAGAUCAGUUCAGAUGACUACUCCAAGAAUUAUACUCUGAUUGUUGUUGAGGAAUUACACUUUGAGGUACGAGAAGUCUACAAUUUCCGCAUAAUCUUCACUGAUUCUGGGAACAAUGAAGGUGAAACGAGAGUUGUUGUGGAGGUUGAAGAUGUCCCGAAUUUACCACCACGUUGGGUUAAACCGUUCUCAACUGAACGCUUUGAGGAGAAGACUGCGCAAACAUUCAAUGUUGAUGCAAUUGAUGGAGAUACUGGGAUCAAUACUCCGAUAAAAUACCGCUUGGAGUUUCCUCCUGGUCAAGAAUGGACACAACAAAACUUGGUGGCAAUCGAUGAAGAUACCGGAGUGAUUUCUGUUCAACCAAUAAACCGAGAUCAGCUUAAGCAGGAAGUCUUCACAUUCAAUAUAAUUGCUGCAAAAGAUUACAAUUUAACCUGGGCAAUUGAUGGGCCAGCUGUUCUCAUUGUAGACGAUGUCAACGACAACUACCCUGAGAUUUAUCUCUCACCGACAACUGUUUCCAUUCCUGAGUCGACUUAUAUGCAGCUUCCAUUUACGCAAUUUGUAAUUGAUGACAUUGAUUUGGGACCACAUGCAACGUACACCGUGGAAAUGGUUUCCCUUGAAAACUAUGCUGAUGCAUUCACCAUUAUACCCAAUACAGGAUACCAGGAAACAUCUUUCCUCAUAACUGUGUCCAAUGCAACAUUCCUUGACUACGAAGAUGAAGUCUGGCAGAGCUUCCAGAUGCGAAUUGUUGCAACUGAGGUGGAUUUGGAGGAGCAUCAACGUGAACAAACUGUUCAAAUAAAUUUAAUCAAUUGGAAUGAUGAAAUACCGGAGUUUGCGGAAGAUGAAUACGUUGUUGAAGUUCUCGAAACUGCCGGAGCUGGUCAUCAACUUUCUCUCGUUCAGGCAACAGAUCGUGACAUAGAUGAUGAAGUUUUCCAUUCAAUUGUUGGGACUCUUGGCUCGCAGUUUUCUUGCUCUCAAGCUGGGCAGGUUUCUAUUGCGCUCAACGAUGUGUUGGACUACGAACGGCAGACGUCUGUUAUCAUCCAAGUUCAAGCACGUGAUUCCCUGCUAACUGGACAUCCUGGGGAAACUUUGCACACGGUUUAUGCUCAACUUGAGAUCAGAGUUCUCGAUGUGAAUGAUGAAACACCUGAUCUACGAAUGCCUCGUACAUCCCCAUCAAUUGUGGAGAAUUCUCCAGCUGGAACAGUUGUAACAAUGGAAAUUCUCGCAACGGAUCCCGAUACAACGGCUGAUUUGGAAUUUUCAAUUGACUGGAGCCAAUCGUAUGCCAUAAAAUACGGACAGGAGGCAGAGAAGCAUACUUAUGAGAAUUGCUUCAUCAUUGAGAAACAUCCUGAGACUAUUAAUCGUGUCUUUGGGCAUUUGAUUGUUAAUCCGGAGUUUGAGUAUGAUGUUGAUUAUGAAAUGUAUGAGAUGAUCUACUUAACAAUAAGGGUUGAAGAUCUCAAUCAAGAGGUCAAUGAGGGUACAGCUGAGGCCAUUUUGACGGUACGUAUUGAAGAUGUUAAUGACAAUGCGCCUGAGUUUAUUGGAGACACAUUGGAGACGUUAAGGAGUGUCGUUGAAGAAGCUCUUACGGGAACAUUAAUUGGAACCAUCAUGGCUGAGGAUAUUGAUGGUCCUCAGUUCAACCAGAUCACUUAUUCCAUUGAAGCUGUUGUGGAGCAGGGAACAACACCUGGUUGGGUGAGAAUAAAUCCAUCAACGGGCGUCAUUGAAGUUGAUGCAGAUCAAGCAAUUGAUUGCGAUGAUCCCAAGCUUGAUUAUCUUGAGUACGUCAUUACUCUCUCUGAUGGAGAUCACAUAACAACAGGGAAUAUCAAAAUCGACAUGAUCGAUACGAACAACAAACUUCCGGAGGAAACUUCCUUUGAGAAAACAAUUGAGAUUUAUGAGAAUACAACUGAAGGUGUUUUCGUUACGAUCGGUGCAACAGAUCAGGAUCGUGAUUCUCCACAUAAUUUUGUCUGGUUCAUGAUUGACUACGAAUCAAUCAGGGAGUUGCAGAAUCUCUUUGAAAUUCAACCUGAUACAGGAGAUCUGAGCGUUAGACUCCUGGGAGGAGCACAAUUGGAUAGAGAUUUUGGUCCUGCAAGUCACUACAUUCCCAUCAAGUAUGAAGACAACUACCUCGGGAACGGAAGAAGAAACUCCAAUAAUACCCACGUUACGGUUGUUCUGCUGGAUGUUAAUGAUAAUGCUCCAGUAAUGCCAAGUCCGGCGCAGUUUCAACCAACUGUUGGAGAGAAUUUUGGAGCAGAAUACAGCAUUCGUACGCCAAUUGUUUCAACUGAUGCUGAUGAUCCAACAACACCAAACUCCCAAGUAUCCUACAGGAUUCUAUCCAUUGAACCGGGGGAGGAUCACGCUGACCCAAUUCCUGAUAUCUCAAAUGCCUUUGAGAUUGUGAGUGAUCGUACAACAAAUUCCGGAACACUCGUGGUAAAGAGUGAUCUGAAGGGAUGCUAUGGGACGUGGAGGAUAACAAUUGAGGCAUACGAUCAUGGUGAUGAGUGGACGUCUGCCAUUAGUUUGACAUCAAAUGAAACGUACAACUUGCGAAUUGAUCCAUACAACUACAACGAACCACGGAUUGUCUAUCCUGUUGCUGGACAAACGAUCCGUUUGCGAUUCAAUGAUGCUUACGUUAAUUCGCCACUCGUGACGACAAAUGGUGUUCCUCUGCAGGCUUUUGAAGCCUUAGAUCCUGAUGGUGGGACGUACGGGGAUGUUACAUUCGCCUUAACGGGUAGCUCCAAUGGGGAGGAUCAUUUGGUGUUCAGGUUUGAUAAGGAAGAUCGUGAGAAAUCCCAUUUGAGGAUCACAGAACUCAUUCAGAGUCGAACUUACAGUGUGAAUCUUCAAGCAAGAGACGGUGGUGGUUUGUAUCAGGAUCUUAUUGAUGUGAGGAUUAUUUUUGUUGAUAUCCAAGGGGAACCGUUCUUCCCUGAAUCUGAGUUCAGUGGUAGUUUCACGGAGAACACACCAGGUCUCGUUGAGAAGAUCGUUAUUCCCGAAGCUGAAGAUCCAAAGAAUACUGGAGUAACAAACCCCGAGGAAAUGUUCUCAAUCUACUACUUCCUCAAUCCUGAAUCAGAUACCUUUGAAUUGGAUUCCGAGACAAGGGAGAUGACUCUGAAGCAACCGCUCAAUCGGGAAGCCAUUGAAAUGCACACAUUGAAUGUUAUUGCAACAAAUAAUCGUGAUGGUCCAAUUACGUGGACUUCGGGCUCAGUGCUGGAGGUUCAGAUCACAGUAAUUGACAUCAAUGAUAAUCCCCCGAAGUUUGAGCUUGACUACUACGGCGUUGGUAUAACUACGAGUGAUUUCGUAACAAAGGCUCUCAUCACGGUGGUUGCAUUUGAUCCUGACACCGUUGAUCAGGAUCAGUUGAUCUACUACAUCCUUCCGGAGACGAUCGUAGCACAGGGAACAAAUCUCGAAGCGAUCAAAGAUGAAGCCUUCACAAUGGAGCCUGUUACGGGGGUGAUUAGGCUUAAUAGGGCCAUUGAUGAUUCCCACACGGGGUACUUUGAGUUUAUGAUUGAGGUACGUGAUUCCGAUUCAGGAUUUGGGCCACAUACAGAUCAAGCUCGUGUGAAGAUCUACAUUAUUGCUGAAUCAAACAGGGUUUCAUUCAUCUUCCUCAACUCUAUGGAUGAUGUUAAAGCUCAGGAGACUUAUAUCAAAUUUGUCUUUACGGAACGUUUUGGAUUUGAAGCUAAUAUCGAUGAUAUCGAGAGGCGCUCCCAGAAUGAUAAUCAAACCGUUGUUAGAUGCCACUUCAUUGAGAAUUCUGAAGCAAUAGACGGAGACAUCAUAAGAGCGCGCAUAGUGGACUUGGACUUUAUUCAGGGUAUCCAGAAUGAUCUCACAAGUCGCGGAUUAUUCCUCAAUGGCUACGUUCCGACAACACCUGAAUCCACAAAUCCCGAAGAUGCCUUCCAGGAGCUUCUCAAUAUUAUUCUUACAGUCGUCUGCGCCGUUCUAGGGGUUCUCUGUAUUGUCAUAGGAAUUGCCUUCUACCUCCGCAAUCGGAGUCUCAAUAGGCAACUCAAAGCCCUCUCAACGACCAACUUUGGCUCAGUGUCGUCCAAUCUCAAUCGAAUGGGUGCCCCAACGACGAAUAUUUUUGCAAUGGAAGGAAAGAAUCCCGCACUCAAUGAUCAGGACUUCCAGAGGGAGUUCAUGUACGAUGCCAAGAGUAUUCAGUCUGAUGAUUCGGAUUUUGUGGGCAUAGACAAGGAUCCCACAUUUAUGCCGCAGAAAACAAGCAUGGAAUCCACAAAUUCCGGCAUAUUCGGGGGCAGGAGUCUCAACCCAAUGGUGGACCUCAAGAGGGAUGAUGAUUACACGAGAUUUUAACGGGAGGGAAUUUACUUUAUUAUGUACAUUUUUUAAGGGCUCAAAAGGGGCUCUUCAAUAAAGGAUCUUUGUUAUACAUAAA